CCUUCCUACAAUUUCCUUCUUGCUCUCCCAAUUUACUAUAUUUUUUUUCUCAAUACCACCAUGGCAGGAAAGAAAGUGAAGCUUGCAUUCAUAACCAAUCACACAGCAAGAAGGGCAACGUACAAAAAAAGGGUACAAAGUUUGAUGAAGAAGCUCAAUGAAAUCACAACCCUAUGUGGAGUUAAGGCAUGUGGUAUAGUUUUCAAGCCUGAUGAUCUUGAACCACAAAUUUGGCCAUCCAUUGAAGGAGUCCAUAGCGUGCUGGUUCGAUUCAUGCAGACUCCGAACUUCGAUCGAGACCGAAAGAUGUUCGACCAUGAGAGUUACUUGAAGGAAAGGAUCCAAAAGUUGAAUGAGAAGUUGAAGAAAAAAAUGAAGGAGAAUAGGAUGAUGUGGAUGAGUGUUCAAUUGCAUCACUAUCUUGAGGCAGGGAAUGUUCCUGAGGAUUUAAGCACUUCAGAUAUGAAUGAUCUCACAUAUGUGGUUGAUGAGAAAAUGAAGGAAAUUAAUAUGAAGAUGGUGCAAUUGGAGAAGGAUGAGAGGUCUUAGGGCAUGUGAGUGGUAGUAGCUACAAAAUAAGUCUUUUUUGUUUUGUUUUUGGUUUAAUGUUGGGUGUGGGAUUUGGUGAUGUCAAUCUCCAAAAGUGUCUUUCAAGAUGUUGGGUGUAGUUUUUCUUUUGGGGGAAUAUUUUGUUCUUGAUUAAAGGUUUUAGGGUUCUCAGUAUUUCAAUAUCUUGAUGUUUGAAUUUCA